AAGUUGGGGUUUUUAACCGUACCAGUCCCGACGAACAGUAACCCUCGAUCCCUUUCUCCGUUUCGACCAAAAUUUAGGGUUUUUCCAUUUUUCUCUUUUUGCUUAAACUACGUCAAAUUAGAGUUUUUUUUUCUUCCCUCCCGGGGGUUCGUCAUUCACCGAAGUGGGUGCAAAAAUAAUCUCGAAUUUGGCCUCUUUUCACGCACCGUUCCGUUUCGUUUUGUCUCGUCCCGUCAAAAUCUUCUGGGAUUUCGGUUUGGUCCAUGAAUUCGAAUUGGGUUCUUCAGUUCAUCUGAAAAUUUCUGGUCUUUUCUUCGAGACCCAGUUACCUCCGGAGCUCGUUGAUGGUGUAAUUGCAACACAAAAGGGAGUGUCCGAAACUGUGCUUUGGGUUUCUGUUGCGGAGUCUUCGGUUUCUUUUCGAAUUGAAUUUUAGUCUCAGAGAAGAGGAAGAGGAAGAAGAAAAGGAGAUGAUUGCGGAGAAACCCAGUUGGGUGAGGCAUGAAGGUUCGCCGAUAUUCUCCAUUGAUGUUCAGCCCGGUGGUCAAAGGAUAGCCACCGGAGGUGGUGACCACAAGGUCCGGAUAUGGAACAUGAAGUCUGUCGACACAGAUUUACAAAAACAUGACCCAAAUCAGAGGAUUCUUGCAACUCUCCGUGACCACUUUGGGUCGGUCAACUGUGUUAGGUGGGCUAAGCAUGGUAGAUUUGUGGCAUCGGGUUCUGAUGAUCAAGUGAUCCUAAUCCACGAGAGGAAGCCCGGUUCAGGAAUCAGUGAGUUUGGCAGUGGAGAACCCCCUGAUGUUGAGAACUGGAAAGUUGUAAUGACUUUGAGGGGACACACUGCUGAUGUGGUGGAUCUUAAUUGGUCUCCUGAUGAUUCAAUGCUCGCUAGUGGGAGUUUGGACAAUACGGUCCAUAUAUGGAAUAUGAGCAGUGGUAUUUGCAUAACUGUUCUUAGGGGACACUCAAGCUUGGUUAAAGGAGUCACCUGGGAUCCAAUUGGCUCAUUUGUUGCGAGUCAAUCAGAUGAUAAAACUGUCAUAAUAUGGAGAACAAGUGACUGGAGCCUUGCGCAUAGAACAGAGGGUCACUGGUCAAAAUCGCUUGGAUCCACGUUUUUCAGGCGCCUUGGGUGGUCCCCAUGUGGACAUUUCAUUACUACCACUCACGGGUUUCAGAAGCCAAGGCAUUCUGCUCCUGUUCUAGAGAGAGGGGAAUGGGCUGCGACGUUUGAUUUCUUGGGGCAUAAUGCUCCAAUCAUUGUGGUGAAGUUUAAUCAUUCAAUGUUCAGAAGAUCCAUGUCUGGUGCACAAGAUGCAAAACAAGUCGGGUGGAGCAAUGGGGCUUCCAAGAUAGGAGGGAAAGAUUCACAGCCGUACAAUGUUAUCGCGAUAGGGAGUCAAGACCGUACUAUAACUGUAUGGACAACUGCAAGUCCACGCCCUCUUUUUGUUGCGAAGCAUUUCUUCAGCCAAAGCGUUGUAGAUCUAUCAUGGAGUCCUGAUGGGUAUUCGCUUUUCGCGUGUUCCUUGGAUGGAACAGUGGCAAUGUUUCAAUUUGACACAAAGGAACUGGGCCACAGGCUAACUGAUGCUGAGCUCGAUGAAUUAAAGAAAAGCCGGUAUGGAGAUAUCAGGGGCCGGCAGGCAAACUUGGCAGAGAGCCCAGCCCAGUUAUUACUUGAAGUAGCUUCAGCAAGGCAAAAUAAUGGUAAGAAGGCAGUAUCAGACGUUAAGCAAAACCAAAUGACAACAAAACCUUCUACCAAUGCAGAUAGUACAGUGAAGGUUCGUAAAUCUCAAGUUGAAGAUCGAAAUAAGACCGCAGAAACUACUGGUGACGCAUUAGACAAAGCUGCAACCUCAACUCGGGUAUCUAGUCCUGUGAAGCAGAAAGAAUAUAGGAGGCCCGACGGAAGGAAGAGGAUCAUUCCUGAAGCUGUUGGAGUCCCUCAGCAGGAGAAUAAUAUUAUGAUUAGCGGGCAGUCUCAAAAUUUUCCGCUUGUGUCAUCUGAUCUUAAUAAGGGAGAUAGCGGAAAUUUUGCUGCUGAGACCGGCAAUAGGGAUCCAUCCAUAAAGGGAGUGGUGGGCAGGAACUCUGAUCUUAAAAAGCGUUCAGGGGUUACUGCUCGGGCUACUGUUACUGAGAGCCUUGUUAUCGAAAAGGUUUCUGAAACCGCUGGUAGAGAUGGAGGUAUAAAUGUCGAACAAUCAACCGGUAUGAAGGGAUCUGGCUCAGAUCUGUUCAUUAGGGUGUUCGACAGGAAAGAAGGGGAAGAUGUGGUACCUGUUUGCUUGGAAGCUCAUCCACGGGAGCAUGCUGUAGACAUUUUUGGUGCUGGAAGUACAUCAAUGAUGAAGGAAACCGAAAUUCUCUGCACAAAAUUAGGCCAAACUAUUUGGUCUGAUCGGAUUUUGGGGGAAGUCACAGUCUUAGCCGGGAAUCCAAAUUUUUGGGCUGUUGGGUGCGAAGAUGGAAGCCUGCAGGUCUAUUCAAAGUGUGGAAGACGUGCUAUGCCUACUAUGAUGACGGGAUCUGCUGCAACAUUUAUAGAUUGCGACGAUAGCUGGAAGUUGCUACUGGUAACAAGAAAAGGAUCUUUAUAUGUGUGGGAUCUAUUUAAUAAGAAAUGUCUCCUACAAGACUCGCUAUCAUCUUUAAUAUCUUCUGAUGUCAGACCAUCUUCCAAAGUUGAAGGCAUGAUAAAAGUGAUAUCUGCAAAACUAUCCAAAUCUGGUUCUCCACUUGUUGUUCUAGCCACCCGUCAUGCCUUCCUCUUCGACAUGAGUCUAAUGUGUUGGCUGAGAGUGGCUGAUGACUGUUUCCCCGCCUCAAAUUACAGUAGCUCCUGGAAUUUGGGUUCUGCUCAGUGUGGAGAGCUUGCUGGUUUGCAGGUUGACGUCAGGAAGUACAUGGCUAGAAAACCUGGAUGGAACAGGAUAACUGAUGAUGGGAUGCAAACCCGUGCACAUUUGGAAUCUCAACUCGCUUCCUCCCUCGUUUUGAAGUCCCCGAACGAGUAUCGUCAGUGCCUUUUGGCUUACGUGAGGUUUCUAGCCAGAGAGGCUGAUGAAUCGAGACUAAGGGAAGUAUGCGAAAGCUUUCUCGGACCUCCAACUGGAAUGUGUGAAGCAUUAUCCUCCAGCACGAACGUGUCGUGGGAUCCCUUUGUUCUGGGCAUGAAGAAGCAUAAGUUAUUACGAGACGACAUUCUUCCUGCAAUGGCAUCAAACAGAAAGGUCCAGCGUCUGCUCCAUGAGUUCAUGGACCUCGUUUCCGAGUAUGAAAACUCGGAAACAAACACCGAGACAAAGAACCUGAAAUCUUCCGCGACCACUGAUCCAAUGGACUCGGAUCCUCCAGACAUGACAACAGCUACUAAUAACCAAGAUUCUGCAACUCCAAUGGCCAUAGACAAUGGCAAUCCUGUUCCUGUCGGAAACUCUGAGGUCGGGGAUGCGAGAAAAGACGGGAAAACGGGUUUGGGAGAUCGAGAUAAGCAAGACCCGGAUUCUGGAAACCCUGGUUCUUGAUUUUCUCUGUGUUUUACUGUAAAUCGGAUUCAUGGAUGUUGUAAAGGCCUAAUCUUUACCAGGAGACCAGAGGAAACUGAUGAUUCUCAAGUAGUUUCUCAGUUUAACCGUUUCUUUUUAGUGUCUUCGGCUGAUGUAACAGAGAAUGCUGGGAGUUAAGCCGGUUUAGGAUUCAGUGACCGGUCCGGUUUAGAGUUGGUAUUGUAUUUGAACGUAAUGGGAGCCGGUUCAGUAGGGCUGAGACCGGUAUUCCAAAGUUUAAACCGACUUGUUCAUUAUUGUCCUGAUUGUUGUACCUAAUCGCCAAUCGGGUUGUCUACCAAA